CAUUUUGCAACUUUAAAUUUCAAUUCUUUUUUAUUCAAAUUUAAAUUUUAAUUCAACACAAUAUAAAACAAAAUGUCCAACGUCGAACGUGUGUUAGUGAAAAACGUCGAAAUGAAACAGAAACAUCAAAUAUGGUCCAAUCGUUUGAUAUUGGUUCCCUAUCGAUCACAUCAUGUAUCACGUUAUAAUAGCUGGAUGCAAGAUCCACAACUACAAUAUUUGACCGGUUCUGAACCAUUAACAUUAGAAGAUGAAUAUAAAAUGCUUGAAUCAUGGAAUAAUGAUCCUGAGAAAUGUACAUUCAUCAUUUUAGAUCGUAAACAUUAUGAAUCCGAAAUGAAACAGAAAAAUUCACCGAAAGAUCCAAUUGAAUGUGAAAUUGAAUCAAUGAUUGGUGAUGUUAAUCUAUACAUUUGCCAUGAUGAUGAUGAUGAUGAUGAUAAUGAACAAGCACCGAUGGCUGAAAUUGAAAUUAUGAUUGCCGAACAAAGUGCACGACGAAAAGGCUAUGGUCGUGAAGCGACAAUGUUAAUGAUGAAAUUUGGUCACGAAAUUCUGGGUAUUCAAAAAUUUCAGGCAAAAAUUAAAACAUCCAAUAUUCAUUCACAACGUAUGUUUACCGAAAUAUUUGGUUUCAUUGAAUCCGGUCGUUCGACAGUGUUCGAUGAAAUUACCUAUGUUUGUGAUCUGAUCGAUGGGGACAAACCAAAUUAUCAUCGUCUAAGACAAAUGUUUGAUGAAUCUGAUUGUCAUUAUAAAAUCUGUUAAAUUUAUUUCAAUAUUUUUUUCCAAUAAAUCAAUUAUUAUUCACA